AUGGGUGACCAAAACUUGGAUACAAAGUCAGAAUUAUCUCCAUCUGAAAAAUACUGCAAAGUUGGUGAUCAAUGUUACUUAAAAACUUUCAAGGGCUACCCUGUUGAUCAUGAGUGUUACAUACAAAGUAUACCAGUUGGUUUUAGAUUUAAACCAACUGAUGCUGAGCUAAUAUCUCAUCACCUCACUAACAAAAUCAUAGGAAAACCAUUAGAUCCUAACUACAUCCAACAGGUAAACAUCCGCGACUACGCACCUGCGGAGCUUACAGAUAUGUAUAAGGAAUAUGCUGUGGAUGGAUCAGAAUGGUAUUUCUUUACCAAACGAGAACGAAAAUAUCCCAACGGGAAUCGUCCUAAACGUGAUGCUGGCGGCCGUGGAGGAUAUUGGAAAGCUACCGGGACUACUCAGGCGAUUAAGGACGAAAAUGAGAGAGAAAUUGGGUCUAAAAGGACUUUGGUUUACUAUAAAUGGGAUGAUAAGGAGUUACGGAUCAAAGGAAACGAAACUAAGACUGACUACAAAAUGCACGAGUACGUUGCGUCCGCCCCAGCAAAAUCUGCUGAAGAUCCUGACACUGCUGAUAUUGAACAUUCAAUCGAUCAAGGCAGUAAAGUGAAGGCGUUUACAGAUUUUGCCUUGUGUAAAAUAUAUUUGAAUCCUCCUAGAACGACAGGAAACUCAGAACCGGUCUAUACUCCAGCUAAUUCUGAUGAUAAUAGUGAAGAGGAAUUCGUCGAUCCGUUUCCAUAUUUUGGAACUGGUCUAAGUCCAUCGGAGGAAAAUGAACUCUUUGAGAGGGAACUGAUAGAAGAAAAUCAAACAAACGAGUACUUUAAUAAUCUACCAGACACGGACCCAACCCAUCCAGAUUUCUAUGAUUUUGAUGGUCAAGAGAUUCUCACUGAUGAGCAACUCCCCUUUAUGAGUUGUAACCGGACACAUUGUCCAGUUCCCACGCCACAGAAGUCACGUCAACGGCGGCAUCAGCGCAAAUAG